UUCGAACUGCUUUUAAUGCCUAGACUGUGUGAAUGGACCUGGUUGAACUGAAAUCGCGCCGUUAUCCUCGUCAAUGUCUCCGAAGUACCCGAACAACAAAGUGCCUACCUUCGAGCCCUCUUCUCCGCGAUGUCUUCAGUCUCAUCAUCGCUAUCCCAUACCCUCUUACGCCCCUCAGACUCAUGUCGGCCUACAUGGUUAAUGAACCGGUUGUUUUCAUGACUGUACAUCCCAGGUGAUAACUGUCCCAACGAGCCAGACCAAAACGAAUGUCUCCCCAACUGAGCCCAAACAAAGAAAGAUCAACCGGUUGCUUCCCAGUGCCACUCUGCGAUCGUGACCCCAAACUUGAGCCAAGACCACUAUCUUGAAACAGAGCUUCCACUUCGUCAACAUCAUCUCCAGGGUCCCCGCACAACCGUGAUGCUCUUUCCCAAGUAAGCUGGCGGUCAACUGUGGAUCAUCACUCUCCGGCUUGGCACGUCCGGACGGCCGAGCCAUUCUCCGCCAACGGGCCGCCGGGACCCCACAGUUCUAAAUCCGCUUAGCUCCGAGCGCCGCAAUCCUGCAUCAUGCAUCAACCACAGCGGUCAAGAACUCACCUCACUGUCGUCUCGAACUGACCAACCGAUCUCAAUCGCCAGUUCGGCUACCACUUGAGGUGACUCAGACAAACAUCCGCCCUUCAAUUGAGCAUUAAAUACCUGCAUGCUCCAUUUUAUCUUGAUCGGUUGCUUCUCACCUGUGGAUACACAAAGCCGUUAGCGGAUUACACCAUCAUCCCCGCCAGGCCCGCCACAGCCCGUUGCCGUCAUCGGCUGCCCGCGUCUCUCAACUCCAAGCCUCAUCGCUUCCACAGUAUCACAACCAACCUCACAAGAUGUCUUCCAGUCACCCACCACAACCGGCAGCGUCUGCCCUUCCCGCCGGCGGCCUCAAUGUUCUUUCACCAGCGCCAAUACAAACCGAAUCCAGCCCUCUGCUCCCCAAGCCGCCAUCAGCUUCCUCAUCCUCCUCAGAAGCUGUCAGCGAGGCCGGCACCGAAACAGAAGAAUCCACACUCAUAGCCCAGCCACUUUCUCCCGCCAGACUCUACAUAACUCUCACCUCAUCCUACCUGGGCGUCUUCCUCGGCGCAGUGGACGCCUCUAUCAUUGUCACUUUGUCUGGACCCAUCGCCUCAGAGUUCCAGUCCCUGUCACUGUUAUCAUGGCUUGCGGCAUCAUACCUCAUCGCCAAUGCUGCUUGUCAGCCCCUGUCGGGUAGACUCACCGAUAUCUUUGGUCGUGGGCCGGGACUCGUCUUCUCCAACUUGAUGUUCGGCCUUGGUAACCUCAUUUGUGGGUUGGCAAAGAAUGAACAGCAAAUCAUCCUCGGACGAGUCAUCUCUGGAGUGGGAGGCGGUGGGCUCAUGAGCAUCAGCACUUUCCUCGCUACGGAUCUGGUUCCAUUGAAGAAAAGAGGCGUGGUGCAAGGGCUGGGGAACAUUGCUUAUGGCACAGGCGCUAUGCUGGGUGGCGUAUUUGGCGGUUUCAUCAACGACACUUCGUCCUGGGGCUGGAGGCUGGCUUUUUUGAUCCAGGUCCCGAUCAUUGCUGUCAGUGGUGGAUUGGUGGCUUAUCUGGUGAGGGUGCCGCCCAAAGUAUCCAACAAGAGCUUGAUCUCGAGGAUCGACUUCCUGGGUGCCUUCUUUAUCGUCGGGUUCUUGGUCUUGACGCUGCUCGGGCUUAAUGCCGGCGGGAAUUUGGUUAGGUGGACGGAUCCAUUGGUCUUGACGAGCAUUCCGCUGGGUGUCGCAAUGCUCUUUGCCUUGGUGUGGUGGGAAGGCAGGGUGAAGCAACCGAUUAUCCCGGUGAAGCUAUUGGUUGAAAGGACUGUUGCUGCAGCGUGUAUCACGAAUUUUUGCUGCUCCAUGGUGAUGAUGAUGACCAUGUUCUAUGUUCCACUGUAUCUCCAGGUCCUUGGCUACACCCCCACACAAUCCGCAUAUCGCAUCCUCGCAUCUUCGGUCGGCGUCUCGUUCGCGUCGGUCGGCAGCGGGUUGAUCAUGAAGCAAACUGGCAAGUAUGUCGGCCUGGGCAGAAUUGUCUUGUCAGUGUACACGAUCGCCAUUGCUCUCAACACAUUGCUGGACCAGUACACGCCACCUUGGAUCCCGUUUGUUUCCAUGACCCUCCACGGUGCUGGAUACGGUGCUAUGCUUACUGUUACCCUCCUUGGCUGUAUCGCUGCUGUUGAACACUCGCAGCAGGCCGUGAUCACGAGCGCUACGUAUGCCUUCCGGUCGGUAGGCACCACGCUCGGCAUCACUGUCGCAUCGGCCGUCUAUCAGAACAUCCUGAAGGCAAAGCUGUGGGAAAGAUUCGGUGACCUGCCCGGUGCAGCUGAGGAGAUCAGCCGAAUCCGUGAUGAUCUUGGGGAGUUGGGCCGGUUGCCUGAGGGUUGGCACGAUGGUGUAAUUGCGUCGUUUAUGGAGGCGUUCAGAGGAGUCUGGCUGACUGCGCUUGGCUUGACUGUCAUUGCUCUGAUCAGUGUCUCCUUGAUGAAGCAGCAUAAGCUGCACUCGACGUUAACCAGGCAGGAGGAAUAGGUGUCUUAAGCUGAGAUUAAUGGUGGGAGACGUCGGGUAGGGAGUCUGGGUAGGUAGCCUGGGUAGGUAAUCGGCGAGGAGGGGAGAGGGGAUGAAGAUGGAAACCCUUUAACAAUUGCAGCAAAGGAAGC